GUAUCCGGCCUGAUUCAACUGUUUGUUGAAGAAGCAACGUGUUUCGGAAUUGCAUCUCUCACAUUUGGUUGUAGUAAAUAUGUCUCACAGUAGCAGAAGUGACGUCCCUCCUCGUAUGAAUAGAUCUAAUUCAAAUGAAUGUCGUUUGUAUGUUGGAAAUCUCCCAGAUGAUAUUCGAUCCAGAGAUAUUGAAGAUGUCUUCUACAAAUAUGGAAGCAUAAGGGAUGUAGAGUUAAAAUUACCAAAGGGGAGAGGAACCCCAUAUGCCUUUGUGGAGUUCGACGAUCCAAGAGACGCUGAGGAUGCACUUAGAGGAAGAGAUGGUUAUGAGAUUGGAAGGACCCGAAUAAAAGUUGAAUUUCCCAAAUCAGCCAGGGACUACCGUGAUGGAGGGGGUGGAUUCUGGGGUGGUCAGGGAAGAGGUGGUGGUUAUAGUGGAAGGGGGCGGGGAGGAGGCCCUCCAAGAAGGUCUGACUACAGGGUUUUGGUAUCAGGACUACCACCAACUGGAAGCUGGCAGGAUUUAAAGGAUCAUAUGCGAGAAGCUGGUGAUGUUGUCUACACAGAUGUAUUUCGAGAUGGUACUGGUGUGGUGGAGUUUUCAAGAAAGGAUGAUAUGAGAUGGGCAGUAAAAAACCUCAAUGAUUCCAAAUUUAAAUCUCAUGAGGGAGAAUCGGCUUAUAUCAAAGUUAAGGAUGACGGGCCAGGACGUAGCCGCAGUCGCAGUCGAAGCCACUCUCCACGUCGCAGAACAUACUCCAAGUCAAAGUCAAGGUCACGCUCUGCAUCAAGGUCUCCUAGGUCAAAAUCACCAAGACCUUAGUUUGGAAAUAUUAAUUUUAAUCAUUCCUAAAGGAACAGUGAAACAUGGAAUGGAUAAUACAACAAAGUUUGUCUGCACAGUUUAAUGUUGCCAAUUCAAGGUAAAAACUGGCACUUCUUGCUUUUGUUUAUCUUGAACUGGUUUCUGAUGAUGGUAUCUCUGUAUAGUGCAAACACACAUUAGCUAUAAUAAGUUCUAUAUGUAUUUUAUAUAUUUUUGACAAAAUCUUUCUAAUCUCUGCUGUUGAUCUUUAGUGUAAUAGAUAGGGGGAAAUGAUGUUUUCACAUGUGGUGUUCCAGUAAGAUGUGCCAAUGAAUAUCGAAACCAGCUGUUACUGCCACUUCUGCUGGUAGAAAAGUUUGCCAUAUCCUGCAUAGUCUUAUAAACACAGGUUUCUAACAUUGUUAAUUGAUUCAAAGAGAGGUCUAUAUUGAUAAAGAUUUAUAUUAUAUAUCUUUUUAAUACACAACUCAAAGGUUAGCUCACAAACUUACUUUGUACCACUUUAACUCGGUAUUUCUAAGUUGAGUUUCUUGUUUAGGGCUAGCAGGCAACAUUGUUUGAUUUUCCCCACAAAUUUUUGUUAUUUCAAUGUUUUCUCGGUGAUUUUCUAUGUAUUUUAACUAAAAGAAAUUUGAUAUAGUGCAUAUCCUUGUACUAGCAAGCACUUCUAUGUUUUGCAUUGUAUUUUCAUCACAUUUGUUAUUUUAGAAACUACUGUUGUAAAA